GAGCGCCUAUGCUGGCCUUCGAAAUGGGUACGACUCCUUAGUCUUGAUUUCUUCAAUUGUCCCUCCGCAUAUCAACUUUUUAUAAAGAAAAGCCUGUUCGCGAUGACAUUUGGAGGUGAAUUUGUAGACGAGGUCAGCCAGUUGAUUUCAAUACUGGUUCCUGUGCAGGCUGACUGGCUUGCAACUUUCAGUUCCUGUGUAGUACAAUAAAGCUACUUGCUUGGUCAGAGGAUUGCGAUGAAACAAGCUCAGGAACGCAACCAGGAGUGCCUGCCUCCUAAGAAAAGGGACCUCCUGGUUAGUAACAGCAGUGGAGGUGGAGGGACAGGUGGAGCCGGGGCUGCUGCAGGAGGAGGAGGAGGCGGAGGUGGCAGCAGCAGUGCUGGUGGAGGUGUUGGAGAAGAUGAUUUGGUUUCCAUCCAGAACUCUGCAGCCAACAGUGACACUCAGGGAGGAACAGCGUCGGGGGAGUGGCUGCGUGCUCAGCCAGGGCUUCAUUAUGGACUGGAUAACUCUGAUGGCAUGCCAGCAGUGCCAGUGGACCAGUACAGUAUGCUCUACAAAGUGGCUCUCCCUUCUGUCACCUACGCGCCUACCAGCCUUCACCCAGUGCUAAGCCAUAUUUCUCAAGCCUACACUGUACACUCUCCUCUCCUGCAGCACCCAGGCCUCUCUUACCCCCCCCUUGGCUAUGCCCAGAUCCCACAUUCCUCUCUCCAGUUUGUCAGUUCCCCUUAUGCAGCGGUACCUUAUGCUCUACCCCCUGGCUUUGUCCCGGGAUCAUUAAUCUCUCCCUCAGGCUCCAUUCCUCAGCCCCAUGCUGUUUCCCACCUCGUUCCUUACCCCUCUGUCUUACCAGAAGGUGUUGUUUCCACCCCUCCUCAGGCCCAGGUAGCUGCUCAUACCUUUGCCAAAGUCGCAGCAUCCAGUGGUGUCCCACUGAUGCUGCCCUCAGAGCAAGCUGCCCCGCAGCACCUCGGUACUGUCGGAGUUAUGUCUGCAUCAGAGCUCAGCUCCCGAGGGAUGCCCCUCUUCUAUCACCCUCAGGGUGCCAGGGCUGCCACUGCCAUGAGAGACCCCCCCAGUGCCCAGCAGGGGAAUGAGCCAGAGAUGAAUGGAGGCGAUAAAGAGCAGGGAGCGAGGGAUGUCAUACUUGACUCUGUGUACACUGCCAGAAAUGCACGUCUGCUGCAGGUAGCAUCCACCGCUGCAGCCCAGGAGUACAGCCAGGACCGAGGCGGGCUGAACCGGAGGCUGGAGGAGAGGAGCUCACCUGGCCAGCGCAGCAGUCCAGACAGUGACCUGGAGGUUCAGCAGGUGGUCGGCCGAUUGGCUUUCUCUAGUCAGGUGCGGAAAGAGGUCUCCUUCGCUCCCUUAAACCUCUCCCAGGGUGCGCAGAGAGCCAGAGAUCUCCAUGGAGAGAACAUGGGCAUCAUUUCCAGCCGGACUGCGUUCGCCACUCAGGCUGCGAGUUACACUGAUCCCAGGAUGGCCGGCCUCCAGCAGCAAGCGGGACAACACGGCCACGCUGUCGUGCUGGCCAAUGGGCAGCCGGUUUUAAUUCCCUUAGAGUAUCACCUGCAACCCCAACCACCACAGCAGCAGCAGCAGCCCUACCCAGUACAGUCCAGCGACGCCGCAGCCGCCAUGUCCUCCCCUAACCCAAGCUUUAAAGCCUCAGAUUCUUCAGCCAGAGUGUGCCUCCUUGAAAGGGUGGAGCAUCCCCCAGCUCAGCCACAGCUCCCCCAGCAGCCCCCUGUCCAGUCUGCAGCAGACGUGAGCCCGGCCUUAGCUUCAAGCCACGCUCCUGCCUCGGCUCCCGGCAACCCGUCUCACUUCAUGAAGGGAGCCAUCAUCCAGCUGGCUACUGGAGAACUGAAGCGCGUGGAGGACCUGCAGACUCAGGACUUUGUGCGCAGCGCAGAGGUGAGUGGGGGGCUUAAGAUCGACUCCAGCAUGGUGGUGGACAUCCGUGCCAGCCAGCAGAGAGCAGGCCUGGUGUCGCUCCACUUCACUGUGGGGGAGCAGCAGAGCAAAGUGACCAUCGACGUGCCCCCGGAGCACCCCUUCUUUGUGUUCGGGCAGGGCUGGUCGUCCUGCAGCCCCGAACGCACGGCGCAGCUCUACGACCUGGCCUGCCACCACCUGCAGGUGGGAGACGUGUGUGUGUCCAUCACCCUGCAGCAGCCUCAGCCACAGAAACAACCACAGCACCACAGCUCACAACAACUACAACAACUACAGCAACUACAACAACAACAACAACAACAACAACAACAACAACAACAAAACAUGUCCAGGACUUUGAGCAAAACCAAUGCUACAUCAGGGCCCGGUCACCAGCUUAUGGGGCCCCCUGCCCCUCAACAGUCCCGGCCUCCAUCCCAUUUCAGGCUGGACCGCAUCCACAGGGAAAGACAGAGGGACGGUGAGAAAGAGGCGGCCGAUAAGGAGGAAGCCACGCAUUACGGGGCCGUCGGGCUCUCUGAGUCCCCUAUAAGACCGAGUAGGACCUCAGCAGAGCACCCCAGGAGCCACAGCAGUUACCACCUGCACACAGAGGGCUCUGCUUUUGCAGGGGCCGGGAUGGGAGCAAUGCAGGCUGCGUUAAGUGCUUCUCAGAGACGCUGGUCCUCACCUGGCCUCCAAAGAUAUAGUAUGAAGGGAGACGAAGGGCCACGCCCUCAGAUAAACACCUCUGGCCACACCAGGCCCUCUUUCAUCCCCCAGGAGGUCAAACUGUCCAUUGAAGGACGCUCUAAUGCAGGGAAGUAGCAUCACAUUUGGUAGCACGUGAAAGAGUCUGACAAGGAGAGAAAGAGGAAAAAUAAAAAAGUGCGAAUGUAGCCUCAGAUUGUUUGAGAUUUUGCACACCUAGAUUAUACAAAAAUACACGCUCUUUGUCUAUCUGGUGAGAAGGUCUGGUUUGUUCGGUUGCCAUUCAGCCAAAGGACACGAGCCUGGGGUUUCCCAGCCAGCUCAGGUCCGACAGGGAGCUGACGAGCCGAGUAGAAAGUAUGUAGCGGAUGAAAUGCCUACCACAGGCCUUGCACACUGCAUUCCUCUUCCUCCCUCCCUCCUUCGUCGCCACUUCCUCAUUCCCCAUGCUCGGGGUUACCAUCACAUUCAGAGCCCUUUUUGUUUCCUUUUUGACCAAAUGGUCUCUUUGGAAGACCAAGGACUACGAAGAAUGUGUUAGUAGCACAGUGAAGCUACACCGGCAGGUCCUGAUGUCUUUAAAGAUCCCAGCCCGCCAUCUUUCAUCUCCUCCAUUCCUAAGAUCCUGUUUCCUUCAGAAGCAUUUACCCAAAAACAGAGUGUUGACGCGGCGGCUCCUGCAGUGAUGUCGGCACGGCUGACGCCAGCUGUCAGUGUGUGUUACAUUAUGCUUUCCUGCCAGGAGUUUGAAUAUCUCUGCUGUCAGCACGGAUAGGCUCUCCCCUCCUUCCUUUUCAGGAAGCUGGGUGGCAGAGAAUGAGAUCCUCUCUCAGGCGGAGUGUGGCUCGUCCCACUUGUCUUACAAUCGAAAUAGUGAUAAAUCAAUCAAUGUGUCCGUUUAGCAAUCAGUUUCUACUAAAAGAAAUGUGCUCAGGCCCUCGGGUUUAAUCUGAGGGGCCUCUGUGUUUGUGAAUGUGUUAGCAUAAAAGCCAGAAAUUGGAACGAUGCUUUGUUCUCCAUGAUAACUAGAGAUGCCCUGCAUUCCAGUAUCAUCAGUGAGAAGAUCCAUACCGUAGUCUUAGAAGAAUCACCCCCCCUCCUCUCUAUACCUCAAAGCUUUCCCCACCGGACGUUUAAUGCAACUGCAUGUUUCUCAGAGGAGGCACUGACUCGUCCUCACCUGUGAGAAUGAGACUUUAGCAUGAGCCUGUCGGGGGGAAAGGGGUGUUGAGGGAGUCAGAGACGAGGCUUUCUCUCUGUCCUAGUUCUUUGCUCAGUUACCAAAUGAAAGCAAUAUUUGUUUUUACAGCACGCGGCUGUACUGCUCUCCCUCGGGGAGUCUGUCGCUGUGGGCUGUUUUAUAUCCAAGGUGUCAGAUCUGACCUUUUUUUAAUCCUGACCUUUAAAGGUGAUGCACUAUUUUGGUGUUCCUUCAGUAAUUCUAAGCAAUUAUGCAUGUUCUCAAGAAACCCUUGCAGACGCUUCUCUUUGGUUCUCCAUCUCACUGAUGAUAUUUUAUCUCCAAGAAAGGCUUGACUUUGUGAUCAUUAUCUUCUGUUCUGUGUUUUGUUUAACGAACACGGUCCUUUGCUUUUGUACGAGGGUGUUUUGUAUCCAGUGGAUCUUAUGAUGGUCUCGUGUUGCACAUGGCUGAUGUCACUUCAUUGAUUCACACUGACCUGGUCGAUAGGAGUCACCGUUCAGUACAUGUUUGUCAUUAAUGAAGGGAAUAUGUUUGAAGUAUUGUUGCUGGUGUUGUGUGGCGAGAGAGCGCGAAAAGAAACUGACUAACUGUUUACAAAUUAGCCAAGAUGAAUGCUGCAGUUUCCUCCUCCUGACAGAUGUUCACCCUUUGUCACUGGAAAACUAAAUCCAAAAGGGUGAGAUUGAAUACAAGUGCAAUUAGACCACACAUUAAAUCAUUCAGAGGUUUAUAAUCUGACAGCAUUCCUCACGCGGACAUUCCCAUCGGAAAGUGAAUCACACAUUUCCUCUUUUUUCUGUCAUGGAGCUUUAACCUCUGGGAAAACAUCGGGUCGCUUCUGAGUGUUUCAUGUUCUAUCUCUUUUCAUUGAAUGCCCUCGGACAGGAGGGUCAGUCGGCUGCAUGGUUGACAGUUUUGUGUAUUUUGCUGUCCGUCAGCCACAAACAACAUGUUGUCUUAUCUGUCCUCUCCAACUCUCCUAUGUUCUCUUAACCGAUCUCUUGAGUACACAGCCUGACCCUCUGUCAGCAGGGCGGGCGGGCCUCAGAGACACUGGUAGACUCUAACUCUGUGGCGCUGAGGAGCUUUAAAGGACAGGUUUACCUUUUUUGAAGUCUCUUAAAACUCUUCUGACAUGCCAUAUAGAUGUAGAUUGCUCUAUAAGACAUGAAUCCCCUGAAACAAUAAUGCCUCCAUCAUUAUAAAUAGUAUAACGGUUUAGAUAGUGUUAUAUAACGUGCUCUAUUAUUCUAGCCAGUCCUCACUGUUGAGCUCUGAUUAUGUUUUUGCAAUCUGGUGAUAAGAUGCAUAUCAUGAAGGAGGGGUUAUAAUUCAAAGGGUUGCUAUAUUGAACGUCAAUCUAAUUUAAAAAACUGUCAUAGUAUACACAGCCAUAUUCAGAAAUCUAAAUAAGUAAGCGCAAGCAAUGAUGAUAAUGAAAUGAAACAAGGUAAGUAUGAUACUAUACAAACUUAAGCAGUAUCAAAUUGAGAAACAAAAAAUAUGAUUGACUUAUACUCACCCUUAUUUAAUCCCACCCCUUCUCCCAAAAACUAAAUGAUUCCCUUUUUUUCCCCUUCUGGAUCUGUAUUUGUAUAUUAUUGUAAUACUCAAAAUCAAUAUUUUUGACACCUCCUAUGGUAUUGAGAUGGACUUAAAAACAUGUGAACCUGUCCUUUAAAACGCUUCGCAAUGAGGUCAAAGUGAAGAACACGUCUCACCGUCAGAAGCUCAUCACAUCUUUGUUCCCGCUGUAAGCAAUACACAUAACACCUGAAAGCAUUUCACGUCGUCUCGGCAUUUUCUAUGCAGUAAACUCAGUAUUGUACGCUUUAUUGUCUUAAGUUCAACUCUGUGAAGCAGUAAGGCAGAUGCAGUCAUUUUAGUCUAAUGUCUGAUAUGGAUUUUUAGCUUUUAAAUUGUAAUACAAACCAGUAUUUUUGCUUUGCUACGUUAUUGUUUUCUCUGUAGUCGCCAUAUUCCAACAGACUCACAGCAGAAAGACUGUCAGUUGUGUGUUUUUUUAAGCAUUAUUUCUGCCCCCGACGCCACUUCUACAUUUUGUUUUGUGUCACAAUGCAUUUGGGGGGAGGGGGGGGGGUUCCUCCUGCAGACCCUCCUGCGCUGCCACGAGCCUUCUGUGUUUGUAACCCACGUUUAGCAGAAGAGCUUCUUCUACCAAGAUGUCCGAUAAAUCUUAUUCACAUCACUGAUCGUCUGUUGCUGUAAGUAAUUGCACUAAAUGGCCUCCUUUUUACGGUGUUUGGAACUUCUAACUGUUGGUAAAUUGAAGAGUUUGAAAAUGUAAAGCACACAGGAUCACAGAGAAACUGCAGCUUGUGUGUGUUUCUGUAGAUAGCUGUUUUCUUUUUGUAUAGAUAGCUUUGAUGAUGCUUGUCGAUAAUGCCUUAAACUCAGCUUUGUACAAUGUGUGAAAUCAGAAUAAUGGAAUUAGGCUUCUGGUAAAACUUGCUGUUCCAUUUUGAGACUAAGGGCAAAUCACAAACGCUUUGACACUUUCACUCUACUGAGCAGAAAGUCGUAUUUCCCAAAGGGUUUCAUCUUUUUGGGCCGUUCUUCUACGAAACUUUGUGUUAGUGUGCUAUUUUUCUUCUUUAUAAAUUCCUUUACAUUUUUAAUACACUCUUUUACUUGCCUUUCAUUCCUGUUGUGUGUCAAUGGAAGCUCUUCUCUGCACUUUUUACAAGGCGAUGCCAAGAGUGUCAGCAAAGAGUCCAUUAUUUCCAAACACACGCUAAUGUUGUUUUUAUUGUUGCACAAGUUCAGUAGUGUUUGGUUUUUUUUACCCCUUGAGUCAAUGGAUUGUGUUUGGUGUCUUGUCCCCCCCCCCCCCCCCCCAGUCUCUGGACAACAGAAUCUAGGUCUUUAAUAACAGGAUGAGACGGGCUGCAUUAAUCAGAUCGUGCUCCAUCGGUGGUGAUGUAAUGGCAGUGGGGGUCUUAACUCCUGUUGUGAUCCACUUCCUGUUUGAUCCAGCAUUAAAUGCAGAAGUGAAUUUAGGAAGAUGUUGGUGUUGCUGAUGUCCAGUGACAUCGGGACGAACAAGAACGGUUAAAAGUUUUCGUUGUAUUUUCAGAUUUCUCAUUGCUUUUUAAGUGAGGUGCAACUAUCAAAGAAUAGCAUCUUUUUAUUUUUAAAAUGCCUAAAUCUGCUAAAUAUAUGCAAUGAUGUAAAUGUAACAUUCAAUCCUCAAGUAUAAUCCAGGUUGUUGAACUUUGUAUAGUGAGUUUUAAUAUCGUAUGGCUGUACCAAUAUGUAUUGAUCUUUAUCAGAAGCCUUAGAGUUGUCGACCGAAAGUGCUCCCUUAGAAUACCCCACACCUACCUGACUUUAACAAAGCAUUAAUAUCUCUAUUUUGUUUCAUUUCUGUUUGUACGGUUUUUUAAUAAAAUAGAUUUGUACUGUAUAUUUGUACCUCUCUGUGAACUACUUAGGGCGGUUUUUGUUUUGCUGUUUUAAUUCUAUGUACUUUAAGGACACAAAGAUAUUGUAUUUUUAUUGUUACAGCUAACUUGGAGACAUUGCAUUUAUCAUGUUUGUUAAGUAAACACAAUAUAAUAUAUAUAUAUAUAUAUAUACAAAUAUAAAUAUAAACUAUUAUCCAACCUG